CGGAGCGGGCGGGUUUGAAUGGCGGUGCCUUCGUUCUCCCCUUCCCAGCCCUGCCAUGAACUUCUCGGAGCUAUUUAAGCUCUCCGGCUUGCUCGGCCGCUUCUCUCCCGACGGUAAAUGCCUGGCGUCGUGUGUCCAGUACCGGCUGGUGGUUCGAGAUGCCAGCAGCCUCCAGAUCCUCCAGCUCUACACCUGCCUGGACCAGAUCCAGCACAUAGAGUGGUCGUCAGACUCCCUCUUCAUCCUGUGUGCCAUGUACAAGCGUGGGAUUGUGCAGGUGUGGUCCUUGGAGCAGCCAGGCUGGCACUGUAAGAUCGACGAGGGGUCGGCAGGGCUGGUGGCCUCCUGCUGGAGUCCGGAUGGGCGUCACAUUCUCAACACCACCGAGUUCCAUCUGCGGAUCACAGUCUGGUCCCUCUGCACCAAAUCUGUGUCCUACAUCAAGUACCCCAAGGCUUGCCAGCAGGGCAUCGCCUUCAGCAGGGACGGGCACUACGUGGCGGUGGCGGAGAGGAGGGACUGCAGGGACUGCAUCAGCCUCUUUGUCUGCAGCGACUGGCAGCUGCUGAGGCACUUUGACACUGACACCCAGGACCUGGCUGGCAUCGAGUGGGCUCCGAACGGCUGCGUGCUGGCAGCGUGGGAUGCAUGCCUGGAGUACAAGAUGCUGCUGUACUCCCUGGAUGGCAGGCUGCUGGCCACCUACCGCGCUUACGAGUGGUCCCUGGGCAUCAAAUCCGUGGCCUGGAGCCCCAGCAGUCAGUUCUUGGCCAUUGGCAGCUAUGAUGAAAAGGUGCGCAUCCUGAACCACGUCACUUGGAAGAAGAUCACCGAGUUCGAGCACCCAGCAGCUGUUGUGAGCACCAAAGCUGUUGUGUAUAAGGAAGUGGAGAAGUGCCCAGCUGCAGAGGCACAGAGGCUUUCCUUGGCAUCCCCGUGGGCACUGCCCAGCUCGCUGCUGGGCACGCACAGCAAGUAUGACAUCUCCCCAGUGCCAGCCUCUUUACACUGUGUCAAACCAGCUGCUGACAGGGCAAACCCCAAAAUGGGAAUUGGGAUGUUGGCAUUCAGCCCAGAUAACUGCUUCCUGGCAUCCAAAAACGAUAACAUCCCCAAUGCUGUCUGGAUCUGGGACAUUCAGAAGCUGAAGCUGUUUGCAGUCCUGGAGCAGCUGUGUCCCAUCCAAUCCUUCCAGUGGGACCCUCGCCAGCCUCGCCUGGCUGUCUGCACAGGGAACAGCAAAGUCUACCUGUGGUCCCCAGCUGGCUGUGUGGCAGUGCAGGUCCCUCUGGAAGCUGACUUCCAGAUCGUGUCCCUCUCCUGGCAUUCCAGUGGAGACUCCCUGGUGCUGCUGAGUAAGGAGAACUUCUGUGUGUGCUACUUGGAAAGGCAAGAGGUGAAGUAGCAACUGCUGCCGCUGCACACCUGCGAGCUGGGGAGGGGGCGAGGGAAGGGCUCAGACCUGCUGCCCAAGGUGGAGGGUUUGUAUUUAUGACUUAUUUAUUGGAAGGACUCCAGUGUGGGACCUGUUGGGAUGGUCUUUGUGUGGAGUGGGGAGGAGUGAGGGCUGGGUUUCAACAGCUCCUGACUUCUGCUGCAGUUGAGCUUUCUCUUGAGCUGUGCACUAUGGAGCCUCCUUUCCCAGCCUGUACAGAAUGUGGAGCUGGUUCCAUUUUCUAAGGGCCAAUAAAGGUUUUGAUAGCUACAAAUUUUAUCUGA